AUGUCCUACAAACGAUCGCGGGCGACUUUCGAGGCCGACCUCCAUGCGCCUUACGCCAUCUUCGGCACCCCUUUGCCUGAGGAGGGCGAACGCGACGAUGGCUCAUAUCUUCCCUUGUGGAAGCAGGAGGUGAGGGAUGAAAAGGGUAGGCGGAGACUGCAUGGAGCCUUUACAGGUGGCUGGAGCGCAGGCUAUUUCAACACGGUCGGAUCCAAGGAAGGAUGGACUCCGUCUGCCUUUGUGUCGAGCCGCUCGAAUCGCCGCAAAGAUGAAGCUGGUCACUCCCAACAGCGCGCCGAAGAUUAUAUGGAUGAAGAGGACCUUGCGGAUGCCGCGGAAGCCCAGACGCUCAAGACUACCCAGGCAUUUGCUGGGCUGGGGUCGUCCACCCAGGCGGAACUCCGUGCCGGGGGGCUGAUGGGUCUUUUCAGAGCCGACGGAGAUACAAUGGGCCUAAAGUUGUUGCGGAGAAUGGGCUGGAAAGACGGUCAGGGCAUUGGACCCAAAGUGCGACGAGGUGCACGCCUGGACCUGGGCGGAAAGUCUAAUGCGGCAGAUGGCGAAACUCAUCUCUUUGCACCUGAUAAUGCCGAGGUCCUGCGAUUCGUCCGCAAGACAGAUCGUAUGGGCCUGGGACAUAAUGGGCAGGGAAAGCUUUCUUCACUACGCCGUGAAAGCAAAGCGGACAGUGACGAGGAAGUUGAUUCUCGCGACAGCACGUUGUCGAUAUUAUCUCGGGGAGACGCCAAGAAGAAGCCUCAGCGUGGCGGUAUAGGAAUCGGCAUACUCAAUGACAAUGGCUCUGAUGACGAAGACCCUUACGAAAUUGGACCUAAGAUUAGGUAUAAUCGCGUUGUUGGAGGCGAAAAGAAGAAGAAAGGAAAGAAGUUAUCCGCCGCAUCGAACCCGUCGCUAAAAAAUGUUCCGACAUUUAUACCAAAAACUUCCAGAGUUGGUAGCAACUUGCGGAAAUGCCAGGACGGACGGCUUCCUCUGGACGGGUUUGUCUUGGCAAAUGCCAUGCAAGAUUUGACAAUUACCAUGGCCAAAUAUGCACCACCGCCAGUUCCUCCCGGCUGGAUGUCAUCUAAGCUCACUAAUGCUGAAGAUCGAGCUACCACAUUUGUUUCCACUGCCGAGGCAGCUAAGUCGUCCACCCUCGAUGCGAAAUCUCGGGCCGCCAUCCUUGGAGAAACGGCCCUUCCUGGGAAAUCCGUGUUUGACUAUAUAUCUGCCGCUUCCAGAGAGAAGCUGGCUGUGGCGUCAGGAAGAGCAGAUUUGCCCCCCGGCCGAGGCGAGAUCCCAGAGAAAUUCGCAAUGUCAGAAGAAGAAAGGCAAACAAUGCUAUGGGAGCAAGUUCCCAAGCUCGACCGUGAAACGGCAAUAGCGGCCAUUGCGAGGGGAUUGCGAGGACCGUACGCAGACGAUGAGUCUAAAAGGGCUCGUUACAAACGCUAUCUGGAACACCAUACGAAUCCCAAAUUGUCACUUCCGGAUAAGCCCAGGGGAAUGUCGGAUGACGAGUUUCUUCGAGAGAUGACAGAGUUCCAUAAUUGCGCGAGGAUAUUCAAACCAAUGACUGGCUUCAUGGCAUCAAGGUUUACGACGGCCAAAGCGCCGCAUAGCAUUUCGGCUGACCCAGCCCAGGAGAAGGAAUUGAUCUCUGUGCCCGAGCCAAAGCUUCCAGACCCGGCAGAAGAGGCUGCCAAGAUGGGCAUGUUUGGCAAAAUGACGAGAUCGGUGGAAGAUUUCUACCCUACGCGACUACUCUGCAAGCGCUUCAAUGUCAAACCGCCGUCACACGCUCGCCGAGACGAUGAGCCCGAAGUUGGUAAAGCAGCCCCGGGCCCGAGUGCGAGGCCGGCUUAUGACAGUCCCAUGGAAGACGUACAGAUGGCCUUGCUCUCGGCAUCUCGAACUCGGGACGAAUCUCCUGUGGGCGUGGACACAGCAGCUGCAACAGCAACGGAGCCGCGCAAGCAGAGUCCCAUAAUCGAAAGCCAAGUGAAUCCAGACCGCAAUGAGGCUGUUGAGGGAAAGACGGCCAAUGCCGCAGUCCUACGGGCUAUUUUUGGUGAUAAUCGCGACGCCGCAGAGAACGAGAGUGCUGCCCACGAGGCCGAGCAGUCGCCGCCGCCACAGUACCCCAUCUCGGAGGCUUCAUCUUCCCGCCCUCCGCCAUUCUCGUCGCUCUUCUCGUCGGUCCAGGACCAUCUCAGUGGUGAACCCUUUGGGAAAUUUCCUGCUGUUGUUCCCGAAGGAAGCGCUUCUGCAUCUGUCGCUGCGCCAGCUUACGGCUACGACUCUCGCGCCCCGGAGCCCUUUGACCCCGAUCAAGCUGCUGCGCGCGCCUUUCAAGACCCUGUCGCCGAGACCAAGCGUGCGCUUCCCAGAGACACCAAGGGAGAGUCAAGUCGUAAGGACGACGACGCCGAACCACCGCCCGCAUAUUCUGAGGGGGACAGUCCUCUCCACACAUUCUCAUACGUAAUGGCGGCCGCCGGAGGAGCUUCGAGUAUUAUUACUCAGGUGCAGCAGGGUGGACCACCUAUCAAUGCAAUUGGAGAUGUCGGCGCUGAUGAGACAAUUACGAUGGACCUACGGGGUACCAGAUUCGUUCUUUCGCGUGACGAGCUACUCACUUUGCCUGAGUUUGUGCUGUUAUCCCUCUUUCCCAACGGGCUAUUUCCAGAAGGCCACAUGAGCGGGUUUCCCGAUAGCGAUGCGGUGCAGGUUGAUUACGACCCUGCAUCUCUGCAAUACAUGUUAGACUUCUUCCGGACUGUUGCUCAGUCAAUCCCCACCGAAUCAUCGCCCGGCACGUCUCAAGACGGGGAAAUUGUUCCACUGGAUCCAAUGGGCUCCCGAGAGGAUACCUCAAAGAGGGCCGGCAUCAUCGUCCUAAGAGAAGAUCUUGACUUCUAUGCUAUCCCGCCCAAGUCAGAUAUUAGCCAGCCUGACAUGAUUGAAGUCAAGCGCGCAGCGGCACGUGCGUUGCUCAAGCAGGAUGGCAUCUUUUCUGGAUUGAAACGAAGCGAUGAACCCGGAACGACUGAAGCUCACCUGAUUGAGAUGCUGACGGCAGGUGGCUUUAACCACGAUGAUUGCUGGGGCCAUCGGGCUGGCGAACCUAACAAGGCCGUUAUUUGCAGCCUGGCACUAGCUCGAUUGCGCAGCGACAUUCGCGGCAAUGAAAUGGGCAACAAUGCCGUCGGCAUGGCGCAGAAGCUGCUCUUGUUCUGGCGGAAACCGGCCAGACGAUGCUGGUGGGAGGGCAUCGAGCUGGACAACGUUGAGGGCGUCGAGGGCAAGCUCAAAGUCUGGAUUCGACGAGUGUGGACGCUGGAGAUGAGUGUGAUUGGGCUCCGCUGA